AUGGAUUCGUGGCGCCUUGAAAUCUCCCAUCACGCCUUGCAGCGGCUAGUCGCGGCUGAAGACUUGGCGUGGUCUCAGGUGAGACAUUUACCACAUUAUUUUCCCGACAGACCUACUUGUGACAAAAAAAGUCCCCAAGUCGCGCGCGCUUUCCAUUUUGCGCAGCGAAAAAUCAUUUUUUGGAGUGCGACAAAAUUUGGGAGCCGCUAGAAAUUCCAAGGGGUUUUUUCGGGAGUAGUAAAGCAAAAAAAAAUUCCUAAACUACAUAACACUUUCACUGUUCAUUCCUUUCAUUGUUAUCUGUUGCAAAAUCCGUUCCAGCGUUCGAAACACUCUGGGAUUACGCCCUUUUUGCGUCACCAAAAAUUGAGCGUUCAACACACGUUGCUAGGUACGGCAAGACCAAUUAGGGCGAGACAGGCUUUCUGUAAACAGUACUUAAUUUAGCGAGUUCUUUCCGGUGACAUCAGCGCUUUCGACAUUUUGAUUCUCAAUCGGAUUACCUCAACCUCCGGCAUGUCAUUUUUCGGCUGCGAAACCAUUCGAUUAACGUCGAAUUUCACAGAACAGUGCAACUGCGUCAGUUCAGCGGGGCUAAUUAGGUCACGCCCAGACGCUAACCCAGUUCCAGAAUCGCGGGCCACGGGCAAGUGUCAUCUUCGCGCUGCGGUUGGUGGGCCACUCCGACGGCCCCACCCAACGUUUAUUUUUCAACCUCUUUUCUCCUGAUGGUUUUUAAUGUUUGACCGGGGAUUAACUUUGCCUUUAGGGUAUCCUCUGACAAUAUCAAACAGUUUUCGAAGCCAAACCGGAUUACUUGUCAAUAGAGCUUCUACAGUGACGGACCUGAUCCAGUGGCAAAAAACGUACCAUUUUGCAUCCGGGAAGCAUCAAAAAUAUGGCAAAAUGCUUCCCUCUCCAAGUGAAAAAACUUCGUUUUGAACGGCGCGCCCUUACUUCAUAAAAAGAGCGGGCGCGCUCUUGAAAUCGGAGUUUUUUCACUUGGAGAGGGAAGCAUUUUGUCACAUUUUUGACACUUUCUGGAUGCAAAAUGGUACGUUUUUUGCCACUGGAUCAGGUCUCCCACUGUCUCAGUCUGUCGGGAAAACAAUGAGCACAAUCGAUUUGAUUUUGCCGCGACACAAUUCAUUUUCUCGGCGGCGAUGCGAUUUUCGAUGCGACAGAGUGCCCGUUAUUUUCCGGAGAGCCCGAUAUUGAAAUAACAAAAUCCUGUGCAAAACGCGGCCGUUUUUUCUGAAUGGACCCCCGGGAUUUAUUUGCACAACAUCCCAUAAACACCGCACAAGUCUUGGGUGUAGAAAGAAUAAGGAAACGGCUUCAAAUGAGAGGAAAUCUAGGUACACAACUAUGGCGCCGUUUUACGAUCUUCUACAUUUCUUUUAGUUCAACCCCGCAAACUGUAGAUACCGUCUUCUCGAACCCUAGACGUUAUUGCUUCUUUUUUGCGAGCGUCCGGCAAGACCAUCGUGAUUCCUAAUCCUCUUAACAUUAACUCUUAUAUCUGUAAAUUCUCCGACCUCUCUUUUCUAGGGCUUCCUCACAUCACAGCCUAAAUACCAGCGAACCGUAUUUCUACUGACAAACAUGUAGCCUACAGAAAGUUUAACUUCCCUUCAAAAAAACGAAUUAGUCAUAAUCCUUUCAACAGCGCGAUUAUGUUAUUUUCUCCGACUUGCAUUUAAUCAAUUUACGACGCAUGAUCAAAAUAUUCUCCUUCCGAUACCUGGAAAGCUGCUCGUAGCACCUGCAUACUGUACACAAAAUCUUGGGCGUGCCUUUCUUUGGAGGUAGAACUCGUCAUAAUAUUGAGUGUAUAAAACCCAGAUUAACGCCUGUUUUAUCUGCAUCCCAAGUCCAACUCAUUCACAGCUAAAGCGGAAAUUGGGAUUGCUAUACGUCUCGGCCUGUUUCCUUCUUAAUUUCGGUCUCUGCCCCAAGAAAUUGGUUGAAACCUCCACAAACAUUUGUCCUAAUUAGUCUCGCGAGUGGGUCGGCUUCCGAAGACGGCAAAAUUCAAUCGGGAUUUGGGGCGAGUACAUGGCUUCGAACAGCCUACAGCGUAUUCCGCCCUUCUUGAAAUGUCGAACGUUACUUUUUUAACCUCUGUUUUCUUUCAUAGCGUCAACCACCAAUGUAAUGUGCCCACUUUGUUUGAACAAAACGCCCCUGGGGACUGUGUAGACGAAAAUUUUCAAAAAUAACGCGGGCGGAUUUUGAAUUUCAGACGUCUACCUGCUUGCUUACAACUUAAUCUCAUUUUGUAUGAAAAUAGAAGCCAUGCCCCGUUUCUUACGCCGUAAAUGAAUUAUCAAAGUCAAGUGUUCCCGAAUCAAGUUACCGAGUUACUCGCAUAUCGUUACGCCUUUACCUACUUUCAAACCGAAAAAUAUGCUUGACCGUUCUUGCUGUACAAGAAAUUACGCAAUUUCCUGUCACCAUUUUUCCAUGCCCACUACAGUUAAUCCCCCUUAUUCAUCGACUGUGAUUUGCAUACGUGACUCGCUUAUCCUUUCCUUAAUUUAAGCUCCUCCCUUUCAGAACUGCCUCAAAACUCGGGUCAUCGGUUUCAAUCCGGUAUUCCGAGGUCCGGCCGCCUAUUGCGAGAAAAACAUGCAGUGUGUUGUCCUAUUUCUUCUGCUAGCAGCCCUCGUCUUCCUGAUCGAUGCUCAACAAUACCCGGCGCCUGAGAACGUUCGACAGCAGCUGCAGUCCUACUACUCCGCGCCACAAGCCGCUUUCGGGUACAACCGUCCACGGAAUGCAGUGUUGGAGGAGGUCAACCGCGCCUAUCCCCAGUAUUCCUCCAAACGACUGCUGAGGUUUUUGGUGGAUAAGUAUAAGAGGGACUUGGCGAGCACCGAAGGGGUAGGUCUAAUCGAGAGUGGGUCGAUUGCUGAGGGCUAUGCUCCGCCGCAACAAAGGUUUGGUGGCGCUGGGUUUGCUGUGCCAGAUUCUGUAACAACCGUUCAGCCGGAAGGGGCCGUCAGGGCUGCCGCUUCGUCCGAACGCGUCGCACCUGCGGCUGACAAUGCUCAACCACUCGCUGGCCCUCGAACAGAGCCACACCAGCCUAGCAAUCUAACUUCUCCUACUAACCAAGCCCCUGUUCCCGUUUAUCGUAACCCCGAGCCUGUUCCCGUUGUCAUGCCGACUCUAAACGAACAACAAGUCACUGUUCCUCAACAAUAUCCGAUUCAAGCCGUGCCCGUGGCCAUUCCUGUUCCCGUCGCUCCUCAAGCCGGCUAUAUUGUGCCAGUUGACGUUCCGGCGACCAACCCGGUCGCUGCGUUUUUCGCUGCGCGCUACGGUGGCUUCGACAUUUGA